AUAGAAACGAGGAGAAAGCAGGAGGAGCUCCGAACCCCCAAAAAAGAGGGAGAAGAGUCUUGGUCUUAGAUAAAACUUAAACUUCAGGAGAGUACGCUCUUCGUCAACGAUAUGAACUCUCAAGGUCGAAAGUGGAAUAUAAAUAAAUAUUUAUACAUAAAAUAAUCAAAAGGGACGAGUUUCAAAUUCAACUCUAUUUCUUCGAACCAUCAUCAUCUCAAUUUUGAUUACUCUGAGAAGAUCAGGGAGAAACAAAGGCAAGAUCCAACUUCUCCAACAUACCUUUCUCUCUUCCGAAAACAAAAUGACGGGAGCUGAAGGCCCAAGCUACACAGUAGAUGAUGCUCUUGUGGCUUUGGGUUUUGGAAACUUCCAAAUUUUUGUGCUUGCCUAUGCUGGCAUUGGUUGGGUCUCAGAAGCAAUGGAAAUGAUGCUACUCUCUUUUGUUGGCCCUGCAGUUCAAACUGCAUGGAGUCUUUCUCCUCAUGAAGAGAGCUUGAUAACCAGUGCGGUUUUUGCUGGCAUGCUAAUUGGGGCAUACUCAUGGGGCAUUGUUUCAGAUAAACAUGGAAGGAGGAAAGGAUUCCUUAUCACAGCAACAGUUACUGCUAUGGCUGGUUUUCUUAGUGCAUUUGCUCCUAACUAUAUAUUAUUAAUUUUCUUUCGUUCUCUGGUUGGUGUUGGUUUGGGAGGUGGCCCUGUAUUAUCAUCUUGGUUUCUAGAGUUUGUUCCAGCCCCCAAUAGAGGUACCUGGAUGGUUGUUUUUUCAGCAUUUUGGACUCUUGGUACAAUUUUUGAGGCCUCUCUUGCAUGGAUUGUGAUGCCAAAACUGGGUUGGAGAUGGCUUCUUGCACUAUCUUCUCUUCCCACAUCUUUCCUUCUACUUUUCUACAAAGUAACUCCUGAGUCACCAAGAUACCUAUGUUUAAAAGGUAGAACCACUGAUGCAAUUAAUGUUUUGGAGAAAAUAGCAAGAGUAAAUGGAAGAAAACUUCCUUCCGGUAUCCUUGUUUCUGACCGGGAAAUCGAGCUACACAAAAUUGAUAACACUUCAGAGGACACUUCCUUGCUCUCUCCAAGAAAAAAUGAAGUUGAGCAUUCUGAAGGAAUGGUUUCCAAUUUAGGUGGUAUGUCAUCAUGGUCAAUGCUUCUCUCACCAAGAUUGGCCAGGUCAACCCUUCUAUUAUGGGCAGUAUUCUUUGGUAAUGCCUUUUCAUAUUAUGGCCUUGUGUUGUUGACCUCUGAGUUGAGUGGACAUAGUAAAUGCAUGCCACAUAAAUUGCAGACAGAGAAGUCCCAGGACCUUAGCUACAGAAGUGUUUUUAUUGCUAGUUUUGCAGAGCUUCCUGGGCUUCUCUUAUCAGCUGUGGCAGUAGACAGAUUUGGUCGUAAGCUCUCAAUGUCAACCAUGUUCUUUGUAUGCUGUAUUUUCCUUCUCCCACUAGUAUUUUAUCUGCCUGAAGACCUAAAAACAAGCCUUUUGUUUGGAGCUCGCAUAUGCAUCACAACAACCUUCACAAUUAUGUAUAUAUAUGCACCCGAGAUGUACCCAACAUCAGUUAGAACAACUGGCGUUGGAAUUGCAAGCUCGGUGGGCAGAAUUGGUGGAAUGCUAUGUCCUUUGGUGGCUGUGGGUUUAGUACAUGGUUGUCAUCAAACUGCUGCUGUUCUUCUGUUUGAGAUCGUAGCUCUUCUUUCGGGAAUAUGUGUUCUGUUCUUUCCCGUUGAGACCAUGGGCCAAGAACUGCGAGAUACGGUGCAAGUCUAAGCAGACAAACAACCCAUAAUGAGGUUUAUACCUCGCUCCUUUAAAUCUUUUUUUUUUUUUUGUCAUUGCUCCUUUAAAUCAUGAAAACAUUUAGACACCCUUUGAAGAAGGAGAAAUCGGAGCAGGACGGCAGGAAGGAGCUGGAGAAUUAUGCGGACAGGUUUCUGCCUCCUAAAAAAUACGCCCUUUCUACGUGUUUCUUAUUUCAUUAUAUUUGAACUAUUUUAAUUACGGACAAAAUUUAAAUAUAAUUCUUUUGGUAUUUUUUGGGUUAUUUUUCAAUUAAAAUUAGAAUUUCGCUUCACCAAAAGGUGAGCAUUUAAUGUUAUCACAAAUUACUUGAGUAAAACUCCAAUUUUUAUUAAGAAACAAUACUAAAGGUGAGACUAAGUUUGGUCCU